GCUACCGGCAGGACAGGCUGUGCCGUGAUGAGCUGCAACAGGGUGAGGAGGCUGGGAAGGAGGAUGACAGCAUGCUGAAGGCUGCGAGGAAGGUGACGCUGGAACCAGGAAUAUGUUGAGUCCCAAGAUAAGGCAGGCCAGGAGAGCCCGGUCGAAGAGCUUGGUGAUGGGCGAGCAGACCGGGCUACCCUCCAGGCCAUCGUCCCCUAGCCCACAGGAUCGAGUGCUGAAGUCUGGCUGGCUGAAGAAGCAGAGGAGCAUCAUGAAGAACUGGCAGCAACGGUGGUUUGUGCUGCGUGGGGACCAGCUCUUCUACUAUAAGGAUGAGGAGGAAAUCAAACCGCAGGGUUUCAUUCCACUGCAAGGCAAUCAGGUGAGCGAGCACCCUCAUGCUGAGGAACCAGGGAAACACCUCUUUGAAAUUGCCCCAGGUGGUGCGGGGGACCGAGAAAAGAUGCCUGUCAAUCAUGAAGCCUUCCUGCUCAUGGCUAAUUCCCAGAACGAGAUGGAAGAUUGGGUGAAAGCCAUCCGGCGGGUCAUAUGGGCUCCCUUUGGUGGAGGGAUCUUUGGGCAGCGAUUGGAAGACACGGUGCAAUAUGAGCGGAAGUACGGCCUGCGGCUGGCCCCACUGCUGGUGGAGCAAUGUGUGGAUUUUAUCCGGGAGCGAGGCCUCACCGAGGAAGGGCUCUUUCGCAUGCCUGGUCAAGCCAACCUUGUCAAGGACCUGCAGGAUUCAUUUGAUUGUGGAGAGAAGCCCCUCUUUGACAGCAACACGGAUGUUCACACCGUGGCAUCCCUCCUGAAGCUUUAUCUCCGAGAGCUGCCAGAGCCAGUCAUUCCCUUUGCCAAAUAUGAAGACUUCCUGUCAUGUGGACAGCUGCUCUCCAAGGACAAGGGAGAGGGCACCCGAGAACUGGCUAAACAGGUGAAGACCUUGCCCCAGGCAAACUACAACCUCCUCAAAUACAUAUGCAAAUUCCUCGAUGAAGUUCAGUCUCACUCCAGUGUGAACAAGAUGAGUGUCCAGAACCUCGCUACAGUGUUCGGCCCAAAUAUACUGCGGCCCAAAAUGGAAGAUCCAGUCACCAUCAUGGAGGGCACCUCGCUGGUCCAGCAUUUGAUGACGGUGUUGAUAAGUGAACACGGACAAAUCUUUGCCAUUUCGCAGGCCGAUGUGGCCGGGGCUCAGCCCGAAGCCCGCUCUGUGCUGCAGCGCAGCAUGGUGGAGUGGAUCUCCGAGGAAGACGGGGAGGAGAGCAAGUCGGAGAAGUGCGCCCCCAGCCCUGCCGACUUGCCUUCUAGCAGUGCCAUGGCGCCGGACGCCACGCCCAGCUUGCUGGCGAAAAACGCCCCUCAGGAGCACAGCAGCAAAGCCACCCAGCCUGCCACCAGCCCCAGCAAGAGGGUGCAGACAUUACCCACUUGGAAGUACUCCUUCCGGCAACAGGGGGCAAGGUCUGUCAGCCCCAAGCUGGGUAGCUCGUCCUUAGACAUUCCUAAUCUCUCCUCCAGCGGGAACUGGCUGAUGAAUGGACUGUACUCUCUCCGAGGCCACCGCCGGACAUCCUCUGGGGAGCGGGUGAAAGACUCAGGUUCAUCCCAAAGACUCUCCACCUACGACAACGUCCCUUCCUCCAGCCUCUCCCUGAGCGCACACAGCAUCGCUAGCACUGCUUGGUCCACUUCGUCCUGUGAGAUCUCUGUCGUCGAUUCUGUCAGCAGCUGUCCGGCCUGCCGGGCCAGUGACUCCUCUGCUUUAAGCUCCCUCAAAACGGAAUGGGCCACUCAGGGCUCGCUGUCGCAGAGCGAGGUCAAGACUGUGGACCUGGAGAACAGCAUGGAAAGGUUCGAAAUGUGCAUCAGCAGCUGCAGCGAGCAGAGUGACCUGGCGGCUGCUUCCAAAGACUCAGCCAAAUGCUCCAGGGCUCUGCAGAGCCUGGUUUCAGAGCUAAAGACAGGACUGAGCAAACAGAGGACUGAGUAUGAGUCUAGUAUCAAAAGAAUUGAAGAAACAAGCGCUGACCUGAGAAAACGAGUGACAAGGUUGGAAGAGGAGUUAGACCAGGAGCGAAAGAAAUACACAAUGCUGGAGAUCAAACUGAGGAAUUCGGAGCGUGCACGUGAAGAUGCUGAAAAGAGAAACCAGCUCCUGCAGACCGAAAUGGAAGAGUUUUUUUCGACAUUAGGAAAUUUGACUGUUGCAAGCCGGGGAGCUAAAGUGGCGAAGUAAAGGCAGCAGAAGUACACUAGCGACUGUGUUUUUUAAUUCCAGCACAAGUAAUUUUGUUCUGGGUUACUCAUGCAUCAUGAGUAUUUUUGCAGUGAGUCCCUGCUCUUAAGGAUUUUUGCUAUGUUGUUUUGUUUACAUAUGCUAUAGUAUUUGGGCUGUCAGGGAAACUGACUGCUAAAGGCAAUGCUUGAAACUGUAGACCCCAAAUUGCAGAUGGCUGGGCCUCUCUUUCCUAAUGUUAAAGGGACAACUCUGUCACUGCAGUCAUGUCACUGCCUUUGGCUUUACUGGGCCACCCUUUGCUGGUCCAGAGACAACAGUAAUGCUCCCAGCACUGCUGCCAUGGCCUAAGGGAGCGACAGGCAGGCUGGCUGGAGCUGAAGGAGCACGCACAGUUCCUGUGGAGGAGACGACACCACUAGCCUGGCAGCGGAUUUAGCUUGUGAUGAAUCAAGUUGAACUUGGCAGGUUUUCCAAUCUUCAUGAAAUUUGUUUAAAAAUCUGCUUGGUGAAAGUUCUUAUUCCUGUACUUAGCGUUAUUUUAUGAAGGGGUUUUGCAAAACUAGCGGACAAGCACUCAGUGUCAGACUUUCACAUGCCUUCAUUAGUCACCCAAUUUCUAACCCCCAACCCAGCCAUGCCCAAACUAUGACUCUAAAUAUUAUUAUUUGCACCAAAUGUGACUUAAUAAAAUAUGUGAUUAAUAAA